AUGAAAGAAGGAGAUGAAGAUGAUAUAGUUUCUAAUAAUAGUGCUGAAGAAAAUCCAAAACGUGAAAAUUCAGGUACUGAAGACCUAGCAAAAGAUGAUCAAACACUGUCAAAAGAUUUGAAAACACCAGCCACUUCAACGAAAGAGUUUGAUGAAAAACAAAAUGAAAAUGGAGUUGAUUUUAGGGAAGAUAAUGUCACAAAUGCCAAUCAAGAACAAACGCAGGCGAAUGACGAAACAAUAAUGGACAAUAAGAAAGAAAUAAUGCAAGAACAUAAUCCAGGUCUAGAUAAUACCAAACCUAAUGGGUCUGCAAAUGAGUCUACUUUUGAAUCUAGUGUUAACUUAGAGGCAUCAACACCUUCUUCUCCAUCCCAACAACAAGAUCAACCCACCAAACCAAAAAAACGAUUGACUUUACAAGAAAGGUUGGCACUCGCGGCAAAGGGGAAGAAGAAAUCUAGUAAGCAACCCCAACAGACGUCUGAAACAUCUACACCAUCUCCGGUUAUACUAUCACAAAAUGCAAGUACGGAAGAUAUACCAACCGUAGAACCAGUUGCGAACGAAGAAGAGGAAGGAAAGUUUAAUCAACAAAAGGUGAUCGAAGAUGUUAAUCUAUACAAAAAUGAAAUAGCAAAAUUAAAAUCAGAGAAUAAGAGUUUACUAGAACAAAUUACAAAUUCAAAAUCCCAAACGUUCGAUAAAGAUUUUUCUAAAAUCAUCAAAAAUAAAGACGAGCAAAUAGAACAAUUGUUAAAAGAAGGCGAAGCAUUAUCACACAAGGAACUUAAACUUAGUGAAUCGAUUAAAAAAUUGAAAACCAUUAAUUCAAACUUGGAAUAUAAUCUAUCAGAACUAAUGAAAAAAAAUGAUGAUUCACUAAUUAAACAUAAGGAAAUAGACGAUUUUUUAAAAAAUAAUAAAUUGAAAAAUAAUCAACAUUUAUUUGAUAAAUUCAAAGAAAUAAAUGACAAAUUAGAAAGCACCAUUCAAAAAAAUGAAAUAUUAAAAAAUAUAGAGAAUAAAUAUAACGAAUUAAUCAAACUUAAUGAAGAAACUAAUGAGUCCAAAAGUCAAAUUACUCGAGAAUUAAGUAAUUUAAAAAUAGAACAUGAUAUGAUGAAAAAGCAGCAAGAAUUAGAACUUAGUUCAAACAACGAUAUUAUAAAAAAUCAAAAAUUGGAAAUGAAUGAAUUAAAACAGAGCUAUAACGAAGAAUUGAGAAGGCUAGAGGAUAAGAUAGAAAAUCUAAGAAUGAAUAGCUCGACAACAUCUAAAAACUACGAUACACAAGAAUCAAUAGGUUAUGAAGAAUUCAAAAAAUUAUCAGAAACUCAUCAUAAUUUACAAAAACAAUACUUAUCAUCUCAAGAAAAUUUUAAAUUAAUUGAAUCCAAUUUAAAUAUGAAAAUCGAUACCUUAUCAUCAUCAUUGGAAUCUUAUAAAAAAUCAAAGACAAAAUUAAACAAUGAUUCAGUCAAAUCAAAUCAAAUCAUAACAAAUUAUCAAAGAGAUAUAAAGUUACUACGAGACGAUAUUUCAAAAUACAAAGCUGAAAUUAAUGAUUUAAAUGUUACGUUAAAAUUAAAAACAAACGAAAAUCAAGAAUUAAAUGAAAAAUUAGAUAAAUUCAAAUCCAUGCAUAAUACAGAAAUUAAUAAAUUAAAUUCACAAAUUGAUUCAUUGAACGAAACAAUAGAAUCAUUAAGGAAAAGACCUGAACCAUUAAAACUUGAUCAAAGAAACAGAGACAAUUCGAUGGGAUCAGGAUUAAGUUGGAAUGAUAUAAGACUAGGUGAAUCAUCAACUACUCCGGCAAUUCAUCGAGAUUAUCCAAUGUUUGAAUCACAAUCUUCGUUCACCGAAGUUGAAGAAGAUGAUGAACAAGAGAAUAAUUUUGAUCAACUUUCAUAUAUGCAUCAUAAUUCAAGUCAAAAUAAUACAACUACAAACAGUCAUAAUGGAUAUGGUGGGAACAAUGGAAGUAUCCCCUUAACAUUACAAAAUAAUGGAAAUAAUUUACAAUUAAUUAAUAAAAUGAGUUCAAAUAUAAGAAGAUUAGAAAUUGAAUUAAAUACAAUGAAAGAUGAAUAUUUAAAAUUAAUGAAUGAUAAACAACAAUUGGAAGAAAAUUUAUUAGAUAAUAUUUCAAAAUUAGAAAAUAUGGAUAAAUUAAAAGAUCAAAUUAAAGAACUUGAAAUUGAAAUUGAAAAUAAAUCUAAAAAAGAACAAACAAUGUUAGAAUUAAUUGGCGAAAAAUCUGAACAAAAUGAAGAAUUAAAAAAUGAUGUUUUAGAUUUAAAAGAAUUAUUAAAAAGUCAAGUACAACAAAUAGUUGAACUUCAAGGAUUAUAA